UCUCUCUAUCAUUUUCUUGUUUUCUCAUGUUUUGGUUUUCUGAAUUCAUAUUCUCUGAUUAUUCAGUUCCUAGUUUUAAAAUCUCUCUCUCUUUCUCUCUCAUGGAUGAUAUAUUCAGUGGUUUACUUUUAAAACCUCUCUCUCAUGGAUGAUGUAUUCAGUGGUUUCACAAUUUUGAGGAGAAUUGUGGUUAUUUGCAGGUUUGUAUUGAGUGAAUGGAAAUGGAUACGAUGAUAGUUCCCCCUGGUUUUAGAUUUCAUCCCACAGAGGAAGAGUUGGUGGGUUAUUACCUAACCAAGAAAAUUACGUCUCAACAGAUUGAUCUCGACAUCAUCAGGGACAUCGAUCUCUACCGGAUCGAACCUUGGGAUCUCCACGAAAGGUGUGGGAAUUUGUACGAAGAACAAAAGGAGUGGUACUUCUUCAGCUACAAAGACAGGAAAUACCCCACGGGAACAAGGACCAACAGGGCUACUCUGGCUGGUUUUUGGAAGGCAACGGGGAGGGACAAGACGAUCUUUUCGAAGGGUAAUAAGGUCAUUGGUAUGAGAAAGACCCUCGUCUUCUACCAAGGCCGGGCACCAAACGGGCGCAAGUCCGAUUGGAUCAUGCAUGAGUACAGGCUUCAGACCACCGAAGAUGCCCCUCCUCAGGAAGAAGGUUGGGUGGUGUGCCGAGCUUUCCGAAAACAAAGUUCGUCUACGAAGGGAAGCACAGAAGCCUGGAGAUCCAUCAACCAAGCAAGAAUUCCGUUGUUAACGGAUGUUUUUGACCUAUCAUCACAAUUCUCAGAUUCUCCACCUUUGAUUCCCCUAAACGAAUACCAGAAUGCUUCUUCCUGCAAUGAUGGGUCUCAUUUAGAUAACAUGAAUACUCCCCAAUUUCUCCACCUUCCAAAGUUGGAAAGCUCCAACUCCCCUAUGCAACAACUUCAAAAGACAGAUUUUGAACCCUCUUAUACAUUGGUUGAAGAUCAAGAGAAUGAAAAUAGUUCUAGAGGAAAAGCAACUACUUGGGGGGCUCUUGACUGGAUUUUUAAUUCACUUCUUGACCAGCCUUAGCUGAAGUCAGUAGCUUAGGAGGAACCUCAAGAGUGAACAAAAGUCCUACCUCUUCUGUGUUUUUUUUUUUUUCGCCCUUUUAUAAAGAGAAAGACCCAUACAACUGGGGAUUUAGAGCUUUUUUUUUU